UACCGCCAGACGGACACACAUUCUUCCAUUCAGUCAGUCUGUUGGCUUGUCUGACGCUAAAGAGCAAGUCUACUAUAGUCUCCCCUCUCUCGGGAUUUGUUUUGAGAGAAACAGCGUUGUUUCUGUACAGCGAAAGAAAACAUGUGUAUAUAUUGGUCAUUUUGAAUGCGCUUGAGGAAAGUUACAUUUGACUAUUUUCUUGCAAAAACGCGGACACAAUGUGACAAUGUUGACCAGCAGACUGGGUUAUCCAUGACGGAUUGGUAAAGAACUGUUCAUUAAUCAAGGAAAAAGUGACGUGGAAAUGGGGAAACUUCAGUCCAAACAUGCGGGCAAACGUAGAGAGAACCCCGAAGGAGACAGUUUUGUUGUGAACGCUUUCCUCCGAAGAGCGAUGGAAGAAUGCGAGAGGUACAGCGCCUCAGAUCACAAACUGAACAACAUUCAGGAGUUUCCACAUAGUGAGCUGAAGGGUAGACAAUUCUUAGACCAUCACUGUCCCCUAGAGGUGGUUCUACCUCCAGAGAAGGCUGCUGAGGGCUGUGACAGUUACCUGCAGUACCCCCACACAGACCCAGGGCCAGACAGGCAGCUACUGAGAGGAGGGGACGCAGGCAAAGGCUCUGGGAAGAAACGCAUCAGCCUGGAUGACCUAGAGUGUGACGUAUCAGUGGAGGAAGAUAAUCGUCAGGAAUGGAUCUUCACCCUCUAUGAUUUUGACAACAGUGGCAAAGUUACUAAAGAGGACAUGUCCAGUCUGAUGCACACCAUCUAUGAUGUGGUGGAUGCCUCGGUCAAUCACUCGUCCUGCCACAGUAAGAGGAAGACCCUACGGGUCAAACUGACUGUCACACCAGAGCGCUGUCCUCGCAGGAGAGACCACAUCUCCACUGGACCAGACCGGGAGACGGCACGCCUUCACCAGGAGGAGGGACGAUCAGCAGACAGACGGCUUUCUUCUCACAUCAGGCCAGCCCACCCAGGUCAGAGCAGUGAGGGACAGCAUUACUGUGUGGAUGAGAACACUGAGAGGAGGAAUCACUAUCUGGACCUAGCUGGUAUAGAGAACUACACCUCCAGGUUUGAAGGAUCCACCCCUCCCCCGCCCCCCCAGGAGACCCAUGUGCGGACCUCCCAGUCCCAGAACCGCUCCCGUUCCCAGGAGCCCGAGGCUCACGCCGCCCACCAGCGCCACUCGCAGGUCAUCGGUGAGAACUACACCCCUCUAGAAGCCCGGGGUCGUGGCGCGUCACACUUCCUCAAGUCCCCCAAAGGAACAUCUAAAGGAGCCGGCGUUGGAGGGACCAAUGGGGGAAUUGAAAGGGGCAAGUCCAGUAAAUACCAUGCUGGGGGGCAUUACCCUCCUCAGCCUCCUCCACUCCAGACCCUGCUGCAUACAGGGAACUCCUCAUCUGGGGGUCACGGAGGUCAGGAUGUGUACCACCUCCCCUCCUCCAGCCACCACCAGCACCCUCUGCAACACAGCCAUAGCAAACGGCUCCGGGCCAAAGCCAGGGAGGGUCAGGGCCUGUCCCCGUCCAAAACGCCCCUGUCACCUCACUCCAAUCCCCAGCAGCAGCAGCAGCAGGCUCCCCCGCCUCCCCCUUGUCUUGAGAGGGAGAAGGAGAGGGAGCAGGUAUCUGGGCUGCACGGCAGCCCUGGGUCCUUUGUGUUGCCUUUGGUGCAGCGUCACGAGCACCGUCACCACCACGAACACCACCAUCACCACCACUACCACCACCACCACCAGACAUGACCCAAUAUGAGCCCAGUCACAGUAACAGUCAGAGACUGAGAGACCUUUAAAGGACUGACUGACCACACCCGUCUGUCUGAAGAAGGACUCAACCUCCUCACCCAAUGGGAAUGUCUCCGCUUCUGUCCUGAGGCUGCCCAAUCUGAGAUGGCACCCUAUUCCCUAUAUAGUGCACUACUUUUGACCAGAGCCCUAUUGGUUAGCCCUAACUCUAACCCUGUAGACGUUUGCCAAAUGUAGUGCACUAUAUAACAAGGUGCCAUUCAGACAGCCCAGAAUCUGAACCCUCCUCCAUUUUGUGCCAGGCAGGAUGCCAGAGCCAGACAGUUUCCCUGAGAUAUCCUGGGAUCAGACACACUGAUGGAAACUGGAGUGUGGCUCACUUGACUGCUGUGGGUAUUCGAUUGUAAAGGGUUGCUGAAGACACGGUGGUGCAGUUUUGUAAGACGUUUUCUAUGGCACAGUUCUGAAUCUGAAUCAAAUGAGUUUAAACGUCCUGCUGGACUAAGCUACUCCUCUCUACACAUGGACCUUCACAAAGGGAGAACAGAUACAGUACAGCUCUAUGUGGACAGAGGUCAUCAAAAGUGACAUCAUUUCCUCCUUGGUGUUGACCCAUAGAUUUGCUUGUUCCCAGAAGCUAAGUACUGUCUCCUUCGUCCCAAAUGGUACACCAUUCCAUUUUAUAGUGUACUACCUUUGACCAGGGCUCAUAGGGCUCUAGUCUAAAGUAGUGCAGUAUUUAGGGAAUAGCGUGACAUUUGGGACACUACCUCUCCGUCAGAGUGGGUUGUGUGUGUUGUGUGUAGUAGAGCUUUCCUCCCAACGGUGAAUCUCAGGUGUUAGGUGCUGCUCCUCCUGUUCUCUCUACUACUUCCUCAUUGGAACCUGGAACCCUGCUGUUGGGCUUCCACAACCAGACGAACAAUAUCAAAUCACCACUGACAGUUUAAUGCAACAAAAUAUCUAGCUAUAUAAGCAUUCACAUCUAUAUAUGUAUACACCUUUUACUGUAUAAUUCUACUGUAUUUAUAUGCAUGUUAUUUCAUCACCAAUUAUAAUAAUGCAUAUAUGUCUUUGUCGUUGAUGUAUUUUAAUAAACAUUAUAUAUACUGUA